AUGCAUAUUAUGUCUGUGCCUCAUUUGAUAAAUGUUAAGAAUGUAAGGCAAAUUUCUUCUGAUUUAUUAGAAGAAUGGUUAUUCGACAUGGCCAAGAAGAACCAAGAGCGAAUAUCUUCAGCUAAUUCUUUGGAAUUAGAAUGGUCUUCGGAUGUAGUAGAAUUCGUCUUCAACACUUGUGAUUACUUUAAACUAGACAGCGAAGUCAAAUAUAAUGCUCUUGAAAUUUAUGAAAGAUUUCUUGCUUAUCAUGUUCUUGAACUUCACCGGUCUGUAAAAGACCGGCAGGAAACGGAUAAGCCUUUAUCAUGGGAAGUCAUUGAAGGAAGAAUUACGGAACAGACGGUUUUACGUGUACUAACGUCAAUAGAACUCGCAAGCAAAUUGAAUUCUCACUAUGAGCAUAUAAUGCCAUCGCAAGUGGUUGAAUUCUUAGAAAAAACUGGUGGAAAAGUAUACGGCAAAACUGGAAUUUUCAACUCCGAAAUCAGAGUUAUGAAAACUUUGGAUUACAAAUUAAAUGUUACGAAUCCUGCAAUUUACAUUGAAAUGCUAUUAUGCAUACUUUACACAAAUGAUCCAAAUACUGAUGAUUUUCUUUAUUCGUCAGUCAUUAUUGUGAUGGACUUGGUUUAUCUCAAUCGCAAGAAAAUAUACGAUCGCUUGUAUGAAGUUGUAACUGGAAUGCCAGUAAAUGAAAAAAAUGAAAAUGAAACAUUUGUAAAAAUAAAGGCUGAUUACAUGUUACUUGCCGUAGCCAUAAUUACAGCAGGAGCUCAUAUAGUCAUGAAAGACAGCUGGACCAUUGUUCUAGAGCAACUACAUCAAGUAACUAGAAUUCUUUGCAAAGAUAUAAAGUGUUUCAGCUUAGUUAUAGUAGAUGUAUUGUCUGUAAUACUUGAUCAAUAA